GAAUGUGUCUGUGACCGAGAUUUGCGUCCAAUGACCAACCUUUCUCCACCUUUUGCCUUUGGGGCUGUCUAGUGUCUCUAGUGCUUCUCACCUUCCCUUUCACUUUCAUUAUUUCUUUUCCAUUUCAAUUUUUGAGUCAACAUAUUAACAUAUAAUAGACACAUUCAGAUUCAUCCUCUCAGUCUCUCUAUACUUGUACCAUCACGUGUUGAAAAGUCAAACCCCCACAAUCCUUUUUCCUCCAAAGUUUCAUUAUUUUUCAUCUUUUCUCAUCCAAGGUGCGAGUUUUCCCCAUUGGGGUGCCCUCAAUUGCCGUGCUACUUCAGAUCUGUUUGCAUUUUUCUUGUUGAGCAAAAGACUGAAGGAUUGUGUUUGUGUCAAUUCACUGUGGUUAUGCAUUAAAGUUGUGAUUUUGAAGGAUUAUAGUGGUGUGGAGGUGGUGGGGGGUUUAAUCUAAAUUAUAAGGUUUGGCUUUUGGGGUUUCGGAGAAUUCAUAUUUGAAUAAGCGAAGAUUUUGAAAAUGAUUGUGAGGAAAGGCAUGGGACGAGUAAAGUCAAUGCUUGUGCUGCUAAUGGUGCUUCUGUUUACCUUUGCCACUUAUAAUUUGGUAACUAUGAUCGUGGACCAUAAGCCAGGAGGUUUGGGGGCAGCAGAAGGGUUGGAAUCUUCGAAUAGAAAAGUGAUGGCCAAGUCCAAUUCAAAGUUUCAUGUUGCCGUGACUGCAACUGAUGCUGCUUACAAUCAAUGGCAAUGCCGGAUUAUGUACUAUUGGUAUAAGAAAAUGAAGGACAUGGCUGGAUCAGACAUGGGCAAGUUCACCCGUAUUUUGCAUUCCGGAAGGAAGGACCAGCUGAUGGAUGAGAUUCCUACUUUUGUGGUUGAUCCACUUCCUGAGGGCUUGGAUAGGGGUUAUAUUGUCCUAAAUAGACCAUGGGCUUUUGUACAGUGGCUGGAGAAAGCAGACAUUGAGGAAGAAUAUAUUCUGAUGGCUGAACCUGACCACAUAUUUGCAAAUCCUUUGCCUAAUCUGGCUUAUGGAACCUUGCCUGCAGCGUUUCCAUUUUUCUAUAUAAAACCAGUUGAAAAUGAAAAAAUAAUUAGGAAAUUCUAUCCUGAGGAAAAGGGUCCUGUUACUGAUGUUGAUCCAAUAGGCAAUUCUCCUGUAAUCAUUCAGAAGUCUUUGAUGGAGGAAAUAGCUCCCACAUGGGUAAAUAUUUCAUUGAAAAUGAAAGAUGAUCAAGAGACUGAUAAAGCUUUUGGAUGGGUGCUUGAAAUGUAUGCUUAUGCUGUGGCAUCUGCAUUGCAUGGUGUAAAGCAUAAUCUUCGAAAAGACUUUAUGCUGCAGCCACCUUGGGACUUGCAUGUCAAGAAUAAGUUUAUCAUCCAUUAUACAUAUGGAUGUGACUAUAAUUUGAAGGGAGAACUGACAUAUGGGAGGAUUGGAGAAUGGCGAUUUGACAAGAGAUCUUAUCUUUUGGGUCCUCCACCCAAAAACCUCUCCUUACCGCCUCCAGGAGUUCCUGAAAGUGUGGUGCGGCUUGUAAAAAUGGUUAAUGAAGCUACUGCAAACUUACCUGAAUGGGAUUCAAUAAAGAAGCUGAGGGAAAGAUGAUAAACCAUGACGCCAUACACACUUGAUGUUAGUGACUUUAAGAUGAGGACUACAAAUACAUGUCAAAAUAGAUUAGCUUAAGCAAAUAGGAAUUGUGAUGAAUACAAAUGAUAUUUUGUGCUUUCUUUGAAAAUAUAACUUUUUUUUAAUAGCCAGUUAAUUUUAUAUAAAAGACAUUUAUUAAAAGAAAUUUAUAAACUAUUACAUUGUUGUACUUUGCCAACUGAUUGUUGUCAUAGUGCAACUAAUGGAAUUACAUCUUAUCCUUUUUUAUUC